AUGUUUAGUGGAGAUACAGGAUCAACACCUUUAAACAAUGUGUCACCAAUAAGUGUAUCAUCAACGAUAUCUAGUAUUGAACCAUUAGGAUCUCCAGCAAUUAGAGGAUAUGGAAUGUCAUUAUUAAGUGGACAUUUUAGAUCACAAAGUCAACAAGAGAAUUAUUUUUCUCGGAGUAAUACACCGGAUUUAUCGGUUGGAAAGAGGAAAUAUGUACCAUCACAUCUUUCUCAGCUUCCAUAUAGGAAAUCAUAUACACCAGAUCGUUCUAGUCCGUUAGUGAGUCAACCGUCAUUUACGGCGAGACCAUCUACAUCGAGUAUUCGAAAGAUAUCUACAUCACCGCCUAAUUGGUUUGGAGGGCCUAGUUUUGGGACGCCGAAAUCGAAUUCGAGGAGGGGAAAAGCAGGUCAUAAGAUUCAAGAAGAAGAAGCACCACCGGUUGAAUCACUUUAUGAUGUGGAAGGGAAUAUUGUUAUGAAUUUAGAAUCUAAUGAAGUUUCAGAAAGCAGUAAGUUUUUAAGAAAACGAAAUCGACUAAAUGAAACAGAAUUUAAUUCGACGCCAGAAUCAACUAGGAUUAAAGAAACACCUAAAUCAUCUAUACCAACAGCAGUUAUUUUGUUUGGAUUUCCAGCAACAUUAACAUCUCAUGUUAUUUCACAUUUUUCAAGAUAUGGCGAGAUUUUGGAUCAUUCUUCUACGGAAAAUCCAAUGUCAACGGGUAGUAAUUGGCUUAAAAUAACAUAUGCGGAUGAAGAAUCGGCAAACAAAGCAGUUUCAUCAAAUGGAACUAUUAUAGGUGGAACAUAUAUGGUAGGAUGUAUAUUUGCACCAGUUGAAGAACCAAAUACCAAAACAGACAAAGAUAUAGACAUGGUAAUGGAUUUAGAUGCGAAAACACCGUCAUCUCAUUGUUCAAUUAAUCCAAGACAUUCAUUAACACAUAUAUCACAUCAAGAAUCUCCUAAUAUAGUACUUAGAACACCAUCGAAUACCUAUAAAACUAGUUCAUGUAAUGGUCAACGAAUAGAGGUAUUAGGUUCAGAAGGAAUAUUUAAAGAAACACCGGAUAAAACAUAUUCAUGGAUAACAUGGUCAUCUGUUAAUAAAUCAACUACACAAGAACAUCAACAAACAGAAAACAAAAGUCAAUGGAGUAAAAAAUUAGUACGCGGCAUUAUGGAAUUACUUUUCGGUUUUUGA